UUCAUGUAGUUGAGGUGCACGAUUUAUUUUACUACCUAGAACUCAUUGCAUUCCCCUUAUUCAAUCUGAUUACAAUCAUGAACAGUAUCACACAAGCUACCGUAUAGCGGGUAAUUUUUAUGGGGUAAAAAAUUUGUUCUAUAAAAAUUUCGUUUAGUCUCGUGGCUGCACUGCAUCCUACAUUCCGGUAAGCCACGCCUACGUUAAAAUUUCGUGGAGGUCAGCUUGCCCACGAAAAUUACCUGCUAUACGGUAUAGUAUAUAUCACACCUUGACAAUAAUUAUUUCUGGGGUAUACCUCCCUAAAGGUAGCUUGCCCUCUGGUAAUGUUUUCUGGAUGAAGAUCCAAAGCUUCAUGUACAUGUAGCUAUGACUUGUCUGUAUGCGGAACAUACUGUUUGUGAUUACUCUCUCUCUAUCCGAUAUGUUGUGUCUGACUCUGUGGGACCCAGUGAACUGUGAGCUGAGGAAGACUCUCUGCAACCCUUUCAAGAGUGGAGACUAUCGGUGUAUGGUGUUUGGUCAUAAGAGCUCUUCCCAGUAUCUCGUGACAGCCUCAGAGACUCACCUCCAAGUCUGGGACCUCCUCUCUUGCUCAGUGCUGUGGUGUGUGAAGACCAGAGUGUGCUCCAUGGUAUCUGAUCCUCUGAGUCAACUCACAGCUGUGUUUGUGCCCUCAGGGAAUGACCCACCAUCCACACAUUGCACGUAUCUGGUCAGUGGUGGUGAGGAGGGUGUACUCGUCCUCUGGCAGCUGGACACACACAAGAGAGAGUUUCGUCCUCGUCUAGGCUCACCUAUCACACACCUCGCUUGUAGCCCUGGUGACAAGUACUUCACUGUCGGUCUGCAAAGCAAUGUGGUGCAAGUGGUGUCAGGACUGGACACUGAGGUGGAAUGGACUAUCGGAGGACUGAGGAGGUCCCAGACUGUAGACCAGAGUGGAAUCAAUACUGGCCUAGUAAUCUGUCCACGUUCCAUGUCUAUAGUGACCAACAGUACGCCCGGGUUCAUCCAGUUCUAUGACCCAGUCAAGGAGUCAGUCACCCAACAAUUGAAUGUGACGGACCUGAACUACGUGUCUCGGCCUGAUGACACGCCCCUCUCUCUGACCACAGUGGACCACACCUCUUUCUCUCCUGAUGGGGACUGGCUAGCAACAGUUGAAAGCAGAGAUGAUGGUAAGACUGUCCCUGAGUUACGGAUGAAGUUAUGGCAGUACAGCUCCUCUCAACAAAGACACACUCUGAACACUUGUGUGGAGCCACCUCACGAUCGACCUGUCACCAGCAUCACCUUCCAACCACGUCACCAUACCAACAAGACGUCAAAUCAGAUCCCUCUAUUGGUCUCCACAAGUCUAGAUGGCCACUUCAAGACGUGGGUCCUCCUAGGAGAGGAAGUGGGUGUGUCAUGGUCGUGUCAGGCAGUGGGUUACUACCAUGGUCUGGAGAGUGUGGGGGCGUGCUUCAGUGAGGAUGGGUCACUACUGGCUGUCAACUUCAAGACUUGCCUGACUCUGUGGGACCCAGCGAACUGUGAGCUGAGGAAGACUCUCUGCAACCCUUUUAAGAGUGGAGACUAUCGGUGUAUGGUGUUUGGUCAUAAGAGCUCUUCCCAGUAUCUCGUGACAGCCUCAGAGACUCACCUCCAAGUCUGGGACCUCCUCUCUUGCUCAGUGCUGUGGUGUGUGAAGACCAGAGUGUGCUCCAUGGUAUCUGAUCCUCUGAGUCAACUCACAGCUGUGUUUGUGCCCUCAGGGAAUGACCCACCAUCCACACAUUUGUACCUGAUAGACCCCUCUUCCCCCACUCCACUGGCCGUACAUCACUCUGUGUGCUCGGGGCAAGUGCUGGGGGGUGUGUUCCUACCCCCUCAGUCAGGGGGUACCUCCACACUGUACUUCAUGGACAAGGCACAGGUGUUGUAUGGCCUAGAGGAGGAAGGUAAAGAGAAGAGUGAUGACUCUCGGCCGUUACUAGGGGACAAUGUUCCCACGUCAGAGAGGGCAUUCUGGGAUAUCUUUGGAGGCAGCAAACUACAAAACAGAGGUUCUACAGUACACCACAAGUUGAACAGCGCGUCCAAACCAUCACUCUCUCUACUCAGUGCCCCUCCCCACGUCCUCCCCCCAAUGCCCUCCCUCUGUCUCCCGUUCCUCCAGUCACUGUUACCACAUCGGCAGGGGUCUAAAGGUCACCUUGAUGAAGACAUGGUCGAGAGUGAGGUAGAAGGUUUGAGUUCAGAGGAUGAAGGUCAGCCAGAAGUGGGUGUGGCCUCUAGUAAAGCUAACAAUGUGAUGGAAGUGGACAUUGAGUGUAGAGACUUGGAGGUCAAGAACUAUGACUGGCUAGUAGAGCAUUUCAGAAUAAUGUGAUAUUCGAUAUUUUUUGUGAACCAAGCAUUCUUGACAAUACCAGGAGCAGAUUACAGAA